CUACAGAAGAUGAUCAGCCUAAUUAUUAUAUAAACUCAACCUCUACAUAUUCCAUAUAUAUGCAUACCACUUUCUCAGUUUUCUAAAUCAUAGUCCUACGCCAUUCAUUAUAACCAAAUCAAACAUUGUUGCAAUAUAUGGCUCCUACUCUUAUGCCUGUGCAAGAAAUCCUCCGGGGUGUUGUACCCAAAGGCUACAUUCAAACCAAGGAUGACUACCAAGUUGGUGAUACCCCUCCUGCUUUGAUGACGGAUCCGACAAUCGAUUUCUCACUCCUCUCUUCAUCAUCCCUUGAAGAGCUUGCAAAGCUACACUCUGCUCUCACUUCAUGGGGAUGCGCUCAGAUAGUGAAUCAUGGUAUGUCACUUGCAUUACUUGACGAGGUACGAGAAAUGAGCAAGCAGUUCUUCAAACUGCCUUUAGAGGAAAAGGAAAAAUACUCUUCAAAAGGUGAUGAUCUUGAAGGUUAUGGAAAUACUAAUGCAACUCAACAAGGAAGUCUCAACUGGAACGACAAGUUGCAUCUCCAAGUUUAUCCUGUGGAUAAACGGCAGCUUGAUUUUUGGCCACAAAAUCCACAUCAUUUUAGGACAACCUUAAACGAGUAUUUAGAGAAGAACAAGAUGAUAUUUAUGACUCUCAUUAAGUCCAUGGCACGUUCUUUAAAUUUAGAAGAGGAGCGUUUUUUUGAAAUUUGGGGAGAUGAAGAAAAAGAUUCAACAUAUGCAAGAUUCAAUUUUUAUCCUCGAUGCCCAAUGUCAGAUAAAGUUGUUGGGAUUAAACCUCAUGGGGAUGGAACUGUCCUCACUCUUCUUUUGCAAGACAAAGAAGUUGAAGGCCUUCAAGUCCUCAAAGAUAAUCAAUGGUUUCGAGUUCCUAUCAUCCCUGAAGCCCUCACCAUCCUUGUUGGUGAUCAAAUGGAGAUGACGAGCAAUGGUAUUUUUAAAAGUCCGACACAUAAGGCGGUGGUAAACCCACAAUAUGAUAGGAUCUCCUUAGUUAUGCUUUUUAUUCCAAGCUCGGACACAGAAAUUGGUCCACUAGAUGAACUAAUUACUAGUGAGAGUCCCCAACUAUAUAAGAGGCUCAAGAACUACGGCGAACAAGUUUACACACAAUCUAUUCCUUCAGGAAAAAGGCCUAUCGACAGCGUCAAAAUCAAUUACUAGACUUUUCUCCAAAUAUUAUGUGUUGAUAGAAAUACAGACGUCCGUAAUAUAAUGAUCUACUAUUACAUUAUUCAUGGAGGUUUUACUUAGUUGUGAAUCGGUAUGAAUAAGUCAGUUGCUUUUUUUAAUAUUAUGAUCUAUUAUUACAUCAUUCA